GUGAGCAAGGCUGGCGUGUUCAAUACAGUGGAGAGAUACUUGACCUGCAGGAGGGGAGAGAAGGAACUGUGAGGCCAUUUGGGGGAACAGCAUUCCAGGCAGAGGGCACAGCACAGGCAAAGGCCCUAAGGGUGUGCCUGGGGUGUUCCGGGAACAGCAGAGAGGCCAGUAGGAGGGCAGGGCUUGUUUCCACUGCGGACGCUGAGGGGAGGGAGGCCCCACCAGCACCAAUGUCUUGCUGGUGUCUCCCAGGCCGGCCGAGGCUGUGGACGGCUGGAUGCGACCUCUGCGUUAUGACCCGGCUGCUGGGCUACGUGGACAUCUCGGAUCCCCGCUUUGUGGCUGCCGUCCUCGCCAUCACUUUCAACCCACUCUUCUGGAAUGUGCUGACUCAGUUGAGGCAGCAUGGAAUUACGUGAUUUGCCUCCAGACGCGCGGUUGGCUGGUGACAGUCCAGGCCAGAAGGGCAUCGCUGGAUUUCCACCCAUUCCAGUGUUCCUCUUGCUCCACCAGCCAGUUCCUGUCUCUUCUGCCCUGGCACGGAGCCUGUGGGAGAGAUUGGAAAAAAAAAAGGGACAUGAUUACAGAGCCUCAGGUUGCGAGAUGGGAACAGAAAACUCGCAAGCUGAGCAGGGCCUUCCGAUCCCCGUACUUGGCCUGCUACUCCCUGGGUUGUGCCAUCCUGCUCCUGAACUUCCUGCGCUCACACUGCUUCACGCAGGCCAUGCUAAGCCAGCCCAAGAUGGAGAGUCUGGAUAACCCCGUGGCCUACUGCGUGGGCCUUGCGCUCCUGGGAGUGGGCACUGUGUUUGUGCUCUCCAGCUUCUUUGCACUGGGCUUCACCGGGACCUUCCUAGGUGAUUACUUCGGGAUCCUUAAGGAGGCAAGAGUGACCACGUUCCCAUUCAACCUUCUGGACAACCCCAUGUACUGGGGCAGCACGGCCAAUUACCUGGGCUGGGCCAUCAUGCACGCCAGCCCCGCCGGCCUGCUGCUGACCAUGGUUGUGGCCCUCAUCUACGUGGUCGCUGUCCUGUAUGAGGAGCCCUUCACCGCCGAGAUCUACAGGCAGAAAGCCUCCCAGUCCCACAAGAGAAGCUGACUGGGCCACGGCCGUCCCGCUGAGGGUCUGCUGCUCCUGGCCUGCCCCAAGUGACAAGCCCUUGGAGGGGGACAACGGUGCCUGGCCACAGCUUGGUGCUCGUGCCCGGUGUGGGCCACUCCAGUGCCUUGCAAAUCGCUGCCUUGGGGGCCCUGGACAUGCUGCCAUGUGGCCACUGAGGCCCCCGCCCCUCUGUCCCCACCACAUCCUGACUCACCAAUAAAGGCCUCCUGACCCCA